CAAUGAAGCAAACGUUGGUAGCCACUUCUUCAGAUCAUGCAGAAAUAAUAGUCAUCCAUGAAGCAAGUCGAGAGUGUGUCUGGUUGAGAUCAAUGACUCAUCAGAUUCAGGAAAUGUGUGGUUUUUCUUUGAAAAAGAAUAUACCAACCACAAUGUACGAAGAUAAUGCUGUAUGUAUAGCUCAAUUGAAAGGAGGAUACAUCAAAGGAGACCGGACAAAUCAUAUCUCACCAAAGUUCUUUUUCACGCAUGAUCUUCAACAAAAUGGUGAGAUAGAAGUUCAACAAAUUCGUUCAAGUGAUACUCUUGCUGAUUUAUUCACUAAGGCAUUGCCAACAUCAACGUUUGAGAAGUUGAGAUACAAGAUUGGAAUGCGCCGUCUCCGAGAUAUCAAGUAAAGUUUUCAUCAAGGGGAGCGAAAUACGCGUUGUACUCUUUUCCUUAACUAUGGUU